AUGCCUGGCUCUUAUGCAUUAGUCAAUGAAGGAUUUGACAACUGGAAAAGAAUAAAUCAAGGAAAUAAGUGCGCAUUUCUUACUCAUGUUGGUUCGACAGCUACAUCACCACAUACUAUGUGCUUAAGACGUGCUAAAGAUUUGAUGAGACCAAUUGGGCAUAUAGACAAAGUGAUGCAUUCUCAAUCAAUUAUUGAGAAACAGAGGAAUCGACUGCGCUUGAAGACCUCGAUCACAAGUCUUCGAUGGCUCGCACUUCAAGGUUGUGCUUUUAGAGGUCAUGAUAAGUCAUCAUCUUCAUCCAAUCGUGGGAAUUUUAUUGAAUUUGUGAAGGCUUUUGUAAAUAUGAAUACAGAAGUUAAUGAAGUUGUUCUUGAUAAUGCUCCGAAAAAUGCUCAAUAUAUUGCUCCAGAAAUUCAGAAAGAGCUUCUGAAUAUAAUGGCCAAUAGAGUAGAGAAAAUUAGAGGUAAGGGAUAUGAUGGUGCUAGUAAUAUGCGUGGUUCAUGGAAUGGACUUCAGGCAUUAUUUCUUAGAGAUUGUCCAUAUGCCUAUUAUAUUCAUUGCUUUGCCCAUCGUCCACAGUUGGCAAUAGUUUCUGCAGCUAAAGAUAUUGGUGUUGUUUGGGAGUUCAUUUCUCACUUGGAUAAUGUUGUUAACAUUAUAACUUCUUCACCCAAGCGUGUAUCUCAACUGCACGUUGCUCAAAGACACGAAAUUAAGAGUUUAUUGGCUGCAGAAGAACUUGAUUCUGGAAGUGGUGUCAAUCAAAUUGGUAAUUUGCAGCGAGCUGGAGCUACUCGUUGGAGUUCACACUACAACUCCGUGAGGAGUUUGAUAGGUAUGUAUGCUGCAACUUGUAAAGUGUUUGAAAGUCUUAUUGAACAUUCUCAGAAUGGAAGAUCUAAAGCAGAAGUUCAAGGAGUUUACAAAAAUAUGGCAAGCUUUGAAUUUGUAUUCACACUACAUCUAAUGCAUAGGAUUAUGAGAGUUACUGACUCUCUUUGUCAGAUUCUUCAAAGAAAAGUUCAAGAUAUUUUGGCUGCUAUUGCAUUUGUCUCUACUACUAAAACUAUUCUUCAAGAAUUGAGAGAAAGUGGAUGGGAAGAAUUUCUCGAAGAAGUCAAGGUUUUUUGCUUGAGGAAUGAUAUUGAUGCACCCAAUUUGGAUUCUCCAUAUAAGGUUGGUCGUUCUCGUGGGCAAACUACAAUUGAACAUCAUUACCAUUUUGAUGUUUUCAAUGGAGCAAUAGAUUACAUCUUGAUGGAGUUGAAUACAAGAUUUGAUGAUGUGUCAGUUGAAUUGCUUUCUCUUAGUGUGGCUUUAGAUCCUAAAAACUCUUUCGAAUCAUUCAAUAGUGAUAAAUAUUUGCAAGCUUGCAAGGAAAUUCUAUCCUGA